CUCGGUAGAAGAAAGAGAGACCCUGGGAGAGAGAAACAGACUUUGUAGAGAGAGAAAGUAGGAGACUUUGCAGAGCGAGAUUGCACACGCAGUAGAGAGAGGGGCGGGUGUUUGAUCUUUACUGGAUUCAAGAUCUAGAGGAGAUCGCCAUCGAUUAUUGCUUCGAGUCUUCAUAGGGUCAACUUAUUGGUAGAGCUAGAGAGGAGAGGGAAAGAGAAUCGUUUGAUCAUUCGUUUUACUUGGAUUCGUGAAUUAAAACCAAAACACUUCAAUUUCUUUUGGGCUUUCAUGAUUAAGUUCAAUUAGUCAAUCAGGGAACUGGGUCUUUUAUUUGGGUGUAUUUCACGAACUGGGUCUGCUUCUGAUAAAAGAAAAAGUCAAUUUUCUGAUGAGAAAAUGGAGGACAAUGCAGCAGCCUUGCAAACUGCUGUAAACUCUGUACAGGCAUUAGGGAGAGGCUUCGAUGUCAACUAUGAUACGAGGUUGCUCUACUGUAAAGGAACGGCUGGGUCGAGGGUGGUUGCAGUAGACGAAGAACACACUUGGGAUCUUCCGCUGUACGAUGAUAUAGUUGUUUCCAAUGUUCCCAGGGACAUCAAGAACUCUCAGCAAUCCCCUGGUCGCCAGAUUUCUGGGGUUUGCAGUUUCCAUGAGAUGGUGGAGUAUUUUAAUCAAAAGGCUAAUCUAUCUGGAAGUUUUCCACUAGGUAGUUUUAAUUCUGCAUUUAGUUUCACUGGUUCAAAGAAUGUGGAUGUUGUCACCACAAAGACCCUUUCAAUGGAUGGCUUUUAUAUUCCACUUGCCAAGGUUCAGCUUAUGAAAACCCCAUUGGUGUUGCAAGAAAAUGUCAAGCAGGCGGUUCCAACUUUUUGGGACCCACCGUCCUUGGCGAGCUUUAUUGAAAAUUUUGGGACGCAUGUCAUUACAUCUAUAACUAUUGGCGGUAAAGAUGUCAUUUAUGUUAAGCAGCAUAAAUCUUCCCCUUUGUCAACCAUGGAGAUUAAAAAGUAUAUUCAGGAUAUUGGAAACCAGAGGUUUUCUGACAUGGAAAGCUAUACAAGUUCAGGUCAAAUGAAAGUCAAGGAUAAGGGUGUUGAUCCUGGCUUGUUCAACAGCCAAGGAAUAUAUCCUCAACCCACUGCUGCACCAUAUCUUACUGGGAAAGAAGAUGUGACAGUCAUCUUCCGGAGGAGGGGAGGAGAUGAUUUGGAACAAAACCAUACCCGAUGGGCAAGAACUGUCCGGUCUUCCCCAGAUGUCAUUGAGAUGAGUUUUUCCCCUAUAACAGCUCUCCUUGAUGGAGUGGCAGGAAAGGAGCAUCUAACUCGUGCUAUUGGUCUCUAUCUCGAAUAUAAGCCUCAGGUUGAAGAAUUGAGAUAUUUUCUAGAGUUUCAGAUUCCUAGGAUAUGGGCCCCUGUACAUGAUAGGAUUGCUGGUCACCAAAGAAAGGAACCUGUUUGCCCAUCUUUGCAAUUUAGCAUAAUGGGGCAAAAACUUUAUGUUAGCCAAGAGCAGAUAUCAGUUGGGCGUAGGCCAGUAACAGGCUUGCGAUUAUUUCUAGAAGGAAACAAACAGAAUCGCUUAUGUAUCCAUCUUCAACACGUGGCAUCUCUUCCAAAGAUCCUUCAGCCAUACUGGGACACCCAUGUGGCUAUUGGUGCUCCCAAGUGGCAGGGACCUGAGGAGCAAGAUAGUCGAUGGUUUGAGCCAGUAAAAUGGAGAAAGUUCUCUCAUGUAAGUACUGCACUGGUUGAGAAUCCUGAAACCUUCAUAGGCGACCUCGCUGGUGUCUACAUUGUCACUGGAGCUCAGCUUGGUGUGUGGGAUUUUGGGUCGAGAAAUGUCUUGUACAUGAAGCUUCUGUAUUCUAGGUUGCCGGGCUGUACAGUACGAAGAUCCUUGUGGGACCAUGCUCCAAAUGAUAAGUCAAAGAAAGUUGUGUCCACGGAUAGUAAUGGUAAUACGGAUGACUCAAGUUCAGGUUCAAGGGGAAACUUGGCUGGAAACAAGUUGGUUAAAUUUGUUGAUACAUCAGAGAUGAGCAAAGGGCCAGAAGAUCCUCCAGGUCAUUGGUUGGUUACUGGUGGAAAGCUUGGUGUGGAGAAAGGGAAAAUUGUCUUGAGAGUCAAAUACUCCUUGCUAAAUUACUGAGUUAUCUAUAUGGUUUUGUAUGAAUGAUGUGCAGUACUGGCUUUUGUUAGGUACAGCAAAUGCUAUUUUUGAUGCGUA